AUGGGCACGUGUCCUCAGAACAUUAUUGAUGCAGUUGCUGAUUGUAACAACAAGGUGAAGAGUCUGCAAACGGAAACCGAGUUGCAGGCAAACCAGACACGCAUUGAAUACAGAAAAAAACUUGAGCUUUUAUUUGAGCGACGACAGGAGGACCUUGACAAAAUAGAGGGAUUCUGGAGUGGUGUCUUGGCAGCUACUGAUACUCCAUUAAAACCGUUGUUUAAUGGGACAAUUGACCCCAAAAUUGUUCGUGCUAUCACGUCUUUUAAGGUAACAACAAAUGUGAAGGAUGGCUUACUCUGCCGAACCGUUUCUAUCGUUCUUCGUUCCAAUAUGUUUGCAGAACAAGGAACUAUUUACCGCGAGGUGGACACUCAUCUUAAGACGAAUUCAAUGGAACCCAUUAAGUGGAAGUUUGGAACAGAACGCGCGCGCCAGGACUCUCUUUUUAGGUUCUUUACACCCGAGUGUAAUGACAAUGAUUUUAUUGAUGAAGUCUUGGACGCAUUUGAUACGGUUUUUCAGAAUCCAUUUCUAGCACUUGAUCUCACUGAAGAUUAA